UGAGCAACAGCAGAUAAAUGUUGCCCCCUCUUCAGAAUCUUUUACCAACUGGAGAGCUAUCUUAUCACCAACAUGGCCUUCUAGAGAACUUGAGUCUUCCUCAGUGGCUGACGUUUCAGUGAAGCAAGCCUUGGAGAAUGCUAAUCUGCGUCAGAUAAUAAGAAGUACAUUAGCAGGGACACGGAGCAGAACGAUGGAUCAAACUAGGGUUUUGCCAACUCUAUAUCAAGGCAGUGGCAACAGUGCCUCCCAGGACCCUCCUGAGGUAUCGGCUGAGUCAUCCAUGAGGUCUCAAGAUGCUGAUGAAAUGACUAUUGUAUCAGUGUUACCGUCUGUGUCUCCUGGUGUAAUACCAUCUGUAGCAACUUCAGAAGCAACACCAAUUACAGGAAAUUCAGCUCCGACAUCACCAAUGCGGACUUCAUCCUUGUUCUCACUGAGCACUGAAAAUUUGCCAUCUGUGAUGGCAUUAAGCACGUUAAUAUCUACACUAGCAAAAAGUAGCACUGCCACAAAAAUGGCACUGACUUUAAGCCCAAUAGUGACACAUGCAACAUUUCCAGUUGUAUCAAGAAAUGAGUCUGCAACACCUGUGCAUACCACCAGUUCACUUCCAAACUCUAAGUCUAGUACAGUUUCAUCUCCCACAACACAUACACCAGAACAUACUGAAACAACAGUACUUAACCACAGGAAACCCACAAUCUCAGACAUCACUAAAACAUCAACUGCAUACCCACUGACAAUUACAGCAGCUUUGACAUCUAUUACAGCAUCAGCGAAAACAACUAGACUUCUCCCUACACCUGCUGAAAAUACCUCUGCUGCUGCUGCUGCUGCUGCUAUUACUACCCCACCAGUGUCAACUGCAGCUUUUGCUAAUGUGACAACAGUUCUUCCUUUGGAAUGCCAGCUCUCCAGAAACCUUCUUAUUAAGACAGUUUUGUUUCUGAACACAAGAAGGCUGCUGCUGAAUGACUCCUUCAAACAGAAUGUCACAAAAGGUCUUACCCAGGCAUUGCGGCAGGCUUUCAACCAAAAUGUCAAUGCUCAAAUUGAAAUCCUGGAACAAUCAAACAAUGUGACAGUUGGUUACUAUGUAACUCAGGAGAGACUGGUUUUCAUACCUGCUGUGGUUAUAGAAAUGUUGAUUGCUUACGGUGUUAGUAAUGCCACUUCGGAUAUUAAGGAACACGUGCCAAAUCUUCAUUCUGUUGCUGUCUUAGCCUUGCCAUGGACCCCACUGCCAGCUUACCACUUUCAACUGAAAACAGAACUGCAGUUUGUGGGCCAGUCGGACAACAUACAGUCAUGCAUAUUUGUUCAGACCAUGGAACUACGAUUGCAGAAAGCAUUUCAAGAUGCUGAGAAAAAAGUCUUCAACACCACUAGCAAGUUAACUGUUCAGAUUCUGAACACCUCAAAUAUUUCUCAGUCUGUCAGUCUCUUUUAUGUGGUGAGAAAUGAAACCACAGUCUUGAAUGGCACAGUGUCAAGCAACCUUCUUAAUCAUCUUUCAGCAGAAUUGGUGGGAUUCUAUCUCACCUACCCACCUCUGACUAUCGCCGAAGCUUUGGAAUACCCAAAUCUGGAUACUUCAGAAGCCACUAGAGACUAUUGGGUGGUUACAGUUAUACAGGGAGUUGACAUUACUUUGUUGGGAGUGAAUAACCAGAGUUUUGCAAGACUAAUGGAGCAGCGUUUAGCACCACUGUUCCUGAUGUCUCAACAGCAAGGAAGACGAUUUAAACGAGCCACUACAGUUGGCAGCUACACUGUGCAGAUGGUAAAAAUGCAGCGGAUUCCAGGUCCCAAGGAGCCUGCAGAGUUAACUUAUUAUACUUUAUACAAUGGCAAGCCUUUGCUGGGCACAACAGCUGCCAAAAUUUUGAGCACCGUUGAUUCACAAAGGAUGGCCUUGACAUUGGGAUACGUUGUUCAAGUACAAGCUGAUCCUGUGGUAAAAAACCCACCCAACAAUCUAUGGAUCAUUGCAGCUGUGCUGGCACCCAUUGCUGUAGUUACCAUCAUCAUAAUCAUCAUCACAGCUGUUCUAUGCAGGAAGAACAAAAAUGACUUCAAGGGAGACACAAUGAUGAACCUGCCACAAAGAGCCAAGCCAGUUCAAGGCUUUGACUAUGCCAAGCAACAUUUAGGCCAACAGGGAGCGGAAGAUGAAGUUUUGCCUGUUACUCAAGAGACUGUUGUGUUGCCGCUUCCUGUGAGAGAUGCUCCAGCUUCCCAGGAGAGGGAUAUUAUUCAGGAUGGAAGCAUGGCUAAAACGGCCAAGUCCAAUGACAUAAGAAAGAGCAGGUCGCCUAGUGAGAAUGGUUCUGUCAUCAGCAACGAAUCAGGAAAGCCCAAUUCAGGCAGAGGCUCUCCACAGAAAGUAAUGGCACAGCAGAAAGUGACAAAAGAGGAGGGAAGAAAGAGAAAUGUGGCCAUGAGUGAUGAAGAGGACGGAGGCAUACUCUUCGAUAAUGUUGCUAAAUCUAACGUUGAUCCCUUCGACACAUCUUCUGGAUCUGUACAAUUGAUUGCCAUAAAGCCUGUAGCUUUGCCUUCUGCACACCCAACCUCAGACAGGAGUCAGGAAACUGCUGUUCUUAAUGGGGAGAUUAAUAAAGCAUUGAAACAGAAGUCUGAUAUUGAGCACUAUCGCAACAAGUUGCGUCUGAAAGCCAAGAGGAAAGGCUACUAUGAUUUUCCCCCAGUUGAUAACAAUAAGGGCUUGGCAGACAGAAAGAAGAUUUAUGAAAAAGCACAAAAUGAAAUAGAUCAUAUUUUGGAUCCUGAUACUGAUGGAUCCUCUCCAUUCAUAGAGCCCAAAAACAGGCAACAGAUGAAGAACUCUGUUUAUCGAAGCAGGCAGUCUUUAAAUAGUCCUAGCCCAGGAGAAACUGAAAUGGAUCUUCUAGUCACACGAGAGAGACAAAGGCGUGGAAUCCGCAACAGUGGCUAUGAUACUGAACCUGAAAUGAUAGAAGAAACAAAUAUUGAUAGAGUCAAUGAGCCCCGAAACUAUACUAGAUCCCAUCAAGCAAAAGGUCAUUCAGAGACAUCAACUCUGAGUUCGCAGCCAUCUAUUGAUGAGGUUAGACAGCAGAUGCACAUGUUACUGGAAGAAGCCUUUAGUUUGGCCUCAGCAGGCCAUGGAGGACAGAGCAGGCAACAAGAUGCUUACAGUUCUACACAGCAGUUGCCAUAUUCUGAAGUUGUGACCAGUGCUCCUGGUACCAUGUCUCGACCUCGGGGAGGAAUUCAGUGGGUGCCGACAUACAGACCAGAAGUGUACCAGUACAGUCUACCUAGACCAGCAUAUAGGUUUUCUCCUCUCCCUGAGAUGCUGACGGGUUCUCCACCUCCUCCUGUGCCUCCCAGAACAGGACCUGUUGCUGUCACCUCUCUUAGGAGGUCGACUUCCGAUAUUGGCAGCAAGACAAGAAUAUCAGAGUCCAGUGGGACUGAACAGAUACAGCCGCAUGAUCAUGCCCCUUUUGUCCCAGUAUCAAGAGCCCCAGUAUCUGUGGCUCCAUUGGAUCAAUCAGCUUUGAAUUACUCAGGAAGUACAGUUCCAGCAGUGUUUGCCAUCCCAGCAGCAAACCGACCUGGGUUCACAGGCUAUUUCAUCCCAACACCGCCUGCAGCAUACAGAAACCACACCUGGAUGUCCUAUGCUGGUGAAAAUGAACUACCAGGACAAUGGGCUGAUUCGGUCCCAUUGCCUGGCUACAUAGAAGCUUAUUCCCGGCCACGCUAUCAGCACAACUCUCCCUCCAGGCUUCCUCGACAGUACAGCCAACCAAUAAAUAUGCAUCUCAGCUUGGAGCAAGCCCCUCGGCCCUCGUCGGUUACCUCUCAACAGAGCCUAACAGAAAAUGACUCUUCCGAUAACCCUCUUGCCAACCUUUCUACAGCUGCUUUAGUGAAGGCAAUAAGAGAGGAAGUAGCUAAGCUUGCCAAGAAACAGACAGACAUGUUUGAGUUUCAGGUGUGAUGCCUUCAUGCGCUGUAAGUUUGCAUCACAUCACUAGUUAGGUCUCUGGUUUUUAAAAUCGGCAUGUGGCUUGUGCCAAAACAAUGCCGUUCUUUUCCUAUUAUGAAACAGUCAGUACUGGGUUUUUGAUGUUAAAUAGAACAGCUGGUUGAAGAUCAAUUCUUUACCUAUUAAGAUGUUCCUGGUACCUUCUGUUAAACAGAUAUGUAAUAUAUUUAUAUGCAAUUGUCUGUUACAUACCUCUCGUUCCAUGAAGCUCUUCUGUUGUUGGAAACCUUAUUUAAACAAUAUACCUGUCCAAUGUUCCAGUAUAUUAAGAGCUUGGGAAGCACAAAUAUACAUCACUCUGUAGCAACAUGUGCAUGUAAAAAAAAAGUGAAGUUUGUCUUUCUGGAUCAAAAAGAAACAAUACUAAUAUGAACAUUAAGGGCAUGUAUUUAUAUAAUACUGUAAUGGCCAAGCUGAUACAUUUUUGAGACAACGUAUCAAAGGACUGAUUACAGCAAAGCAAUAGAGCUGAGUUCUACUAGAAACCACACUUGAAGAGCAACAAUUUGAUGUAAACGAACUCUAUAAAGACCUUGGUAAAUAUCCCCAAAUUGAUUAACUUAAAAAUCAGAAAAGAGAAUGAACUACGAAGAGACAUACCAGCAUAAUUGGUGUUUGAAGAGCUGGUAUGACGUUCCUGUUGAGUUACACAGAAGUGUUUUCAAUACCCUGUCUGUCUUCACUGUGAAAGAAAAUUGACCAAGUAAAAGCUCCAUGGAAUUUCCCAAUGAAAACAAAUUCUUUGAGUGUGCCCUAUAUUCGAAAAGGUUUUCACUCUGAACACAUAGUGAGAGUGUUGAAUUUGAGAACCUUGUGUCUGUCUCUGGUUGGAACAAUGAAUACACCUGCUUUUACAACAAAAUCUCUGUUCAACACAGAGCACUCUCUUCCCCCCUCUAAACAAUGGCUUCUAGUGAACUGAUGCCAGAAAGAGCUGAUCAGAGCUAUGACUAGCUUUGAUGACAGUGGAGCCAUGACCAUGCAAACUGUUUGAGACAUCACUGUAUCUUUGUGGGUUGACUACAACCUGUUUAUUCUAUUAAAGUGUAAAUUAGCAAGCAAGUCUCUCAGGAUGGAACAAAACAUUCUGUAAAUGGCGAUGCUUUAGGGAACCCAAGGUUGCAGAUUCUGAAAGGUAAAUGUAAAUCAUUGUUCGACUGCAAUGCCAUGAAAAUACAGCCUCUGGUUUGCAAAAAACAAUAUAUAUAUAGCAAAAUAUGACUGUGUUCUGACUCAUCUUUGGCAGUUCCAUUUUUUUUUUUUUUAAAUCUAGACUCUCACAGGAAAACGCUUUUUAACUUAGCAUUUACGGUGAACUGAGACACUGUUGGGAGAACUAGUCUAGGAUCCAAUGGUGCAUUUCUGUUGGUUCUCACUGCUUCUUGCAGAAUUGGUGACCUCUCUUCUUCCAGACAACCUAAAAAGCUGCUGGUAACCCAUUUAGAGGAAAUGUUUUGGUACAAUAGAGAGCUGCAGCAAAAAGGAGAAGAGAAGAAAUUUCAAAUUCUGGUGGUGGUAGGUACUGAAACUUGUUGUUGGAUCUUAGCUGUUACCUUAUACAUUGGUGUCUGCUAUGAAAACAGUUUUCUGUGUUCAUUUUUUUUUUGCAGAUUCAAUUUUGUAAUAACCUCUU